ACGCAAUCCGCUGCUCAACUCACCCACACGCCUACCGUCUCACCAGGAACUUCACCGCGAUACCACCACCACGACCGCACCACACGCCGCCACCGUCGCACAAAGCCUCUCGUGCUCCACCCUACCACCCACCUCGCGAACAGAAAACCUGGAACAUCCGACGCAAUGGCGAUGUUAGACAGUAAUUACAGUAGAAGUAGUAGUAAUUACCACCGCAAGGCGAGCGUCGAGUCGUCGCGUCGCUCCAACACCCAGGCAUCCGCCUACGCCGUCAACGCCAACACCAUGGCGCUGACCGGCUUCCACUUCUCUACUCCAAGCGGAGAGGGGGCGGGGUGGUGGGUUUGAGGCCCCUCCAGGAGGCGUACCAUCACCACCGCCAUCUCCGGACGCUGCGCCCGUAGGAGGCGCCCAUCGUCCCAGCCUGCGCCGCCAGCGCAAGCGCUCCGGAGAUGCCGCAAGUCACAUCAGGGAAGAGUGUGAGAGACUCUUCUGCGAGACACUGAAGACUGUAUUCUUGGUUGAGAAGGAUACUGGUUUUGAGGACUCGCUAUUGAUGGACCUGCGUAACAAAGAAACGACGACUACGACGGGCAGUAAACCGAUCCCACAGCAACAGCAGUCGCACCAGACCGUAAUUCAGCAUGGCCAACCCACGCCUUCUUCGUCGCCUGCAACACAGAUGUAUUGUGGCACGAAGGACCUGGUCAAGGAGUAUGUUGAAGUAUGGGACUAUGUGGCCGGUGCUCGCUUCAGAGGUUUCGUCGCGGAGAAAGACGACAUGCGCACCAUGUUCAUCUUCUUCGACAAGCAAGUCGUUGGCAUGGAUCUGAAGCCUGGCCUCAUGUCCCUUCUCGAGCUAGCCAGUAGUGACCACUUCGACUGCACCGAGCUCGUCAUCGGCAUCGCGCGUCCAGCUGUCGAAGAGUCACAUUCAGCUGACUCGUCCGACGAAGCAGAACCAGAAGAGCAAUUCAAGGAUCUGAACCGCUCUUUGGCCUGGGUUGGAUUCGAGCUUACCAUGCUCGAAGCGUGGGCUGGUCCAGAAGGCUGCAUAAGCGACCGCUACGUCUUCCUAGGCAUGGAUGUCUAGAUCCCAUCAUCAUCACUUACAAUCAUCUCACCGGCUCACAUUCGGCAAACGCCAAGAGAAACCAAUUCAAGACGUGGGCAGCAGCAACCCAUGACAGCACAACGGGACGGAGAGCCGCAUACACCUGGUUGGCGGGGUGGUUGAGCGCGGCUGACGCUAGCUGACCGUCUUUGCUCGAAAACCAACCUUGUCAUCCUCAGCUCUACCGCUUCCCCACGCUUACCACACACGCGCGAAAAAAACACGCAAACAAGGGCGCGCUAAAACUGCUUCCUGCAUAUAUUGUACAUACAGCAUAUGCAUGCAAGGUCCGGGUUCCUACAGUACAUUGCAUAUUGCCAGGGAUUUGGGGGGAAGUGAGGAGUUGUUGGCGUUGUGGCGAGACUGUUUUUACAUAGCACAGGCACUCAGCGAAAAAUACAUCAUCAUCACCGCACUUUUCCAAGA